AAGCGCUUCCUGUAAGGUCAAAGGUUCCUGUCAUAACCACCAGCUAGCAUCGUAGCUAACAUCCCCCCGACAAAACAUAUUUAUCCGUCAAAAUGGAUGUAACUCAAGCGAAACAGGAACAUCUACUCGCGUUGAAAGUGAUGCGGUUAACGAAACCGACACUCUUCACAAACUUGCCAGUGACGUGUGAAGACAGAGAUCUGCCAGGGGAUUUGUUUUCUCAGCUUAUGAGGGAGGACCCGUCCACCAUCAAAGGAGCAGAGACUUUAAUGCUGGGGGAGAUGCUUACAUUACCACAGAACUUUGGGAACAUUUUCCUCGGCGAGACCUUCUCCAGUUACAUCAGUGUGCACAACGACAGUAACCAAGUAGUGAAGGAUAUUCUUGUGAAGGCUGAUCUACAGACCAGCUCACAGAGGCUCAACCUCUCUGCGUCAAACUCUGCUGUAGCAGAACUCAAACCUGAAUGCUGCAUCGAUGAUGUUAUCCACCACGAAGUCAAAGAAAUUGGAACUCAUAUUUUAGUUUGUGCAGUGAGUUACACCACUCAGUACGGGGAGAAGCUCUAUUUUCGGAAGUUCUUCAAAUUCCAGGUUUUAAAGCCGCUGGAUGUGAAGACAAAGUUCUACAAUGCAGAGAGUGACCUCAGUUCUGUGACAGAUGAAGUGUUCCUGGAGGCUCAGAUCCAGAACAUCACCACCUCACCCAUGUUCAUGGAGAAGGUUUCUCUGGAGCCCUCCAUGAUGUACAAUGUCACAGAGCUCAACACGGUGGAGCAAGGAGAGGAAGGAGAGUCCACAUUUGGGAAAAUGUCCUACCUGCAGCCCAUGGACACACGGCAGUACCUGUACUGCUUGAAGCCAAAGCCGGAGUACGCGGAGAAGGCCGGCGUCAUCAAGGGAGUCACGGUGAUCGGGAAGCUUGACAUCGUUUGGAAAACCAACCUUGGGGAAAGAGGGAGGCUACAGACCAGCCAGCUGCAAAGAAUGGCUCCAGGGUAUGGAGACAUCAGACUGUCUUUGGAGAUGAUUCCUGACACUGUUAAUCUUGAAGAACCAUUCGACAUUAUCUGUAAAAUCACCAACUGCAGUGAAAGAACAAUGGACCUGGUGCUGGAGAUGUGUAACACCAGGUCAAUCCACUGGUGCGGUGUAUCAGGGCGCCAGCUGGGGAAACUCAGUCCUGGAGCCUUCCUCUCUCUGCCCCUCACACUCCUCUCCUCCGUCCAGGGUCUGCAGAGUAUUUCUGGAUUGAGACUCACAGACACAUUUCUGAAGAGGACAUACGAAUAUGACGACAUUGCACAAGUGUGUGUGGUCUGCCCGUAUACGAACAAUGAGUGCUAGAAAUUUUAUUUAGCUUUUUUUUUUGCAUUUUAGAUAUGACUGGACCAACAGUGGAAUUCCGCACACAAUGCUGAUAUUUCAUUCUUUUUGCAACCUGAGGGGAGAAAACUGUAUUUUAAAAUGAAAUGUGAAUAAUAUAAAUCGCUUUCUUUGAAAAUAAUGAUGUAAAUGUUCAUAAAUGUUAAUAAAAACUCUGUAAUCUUUGA